GUGGAUGAAGCUGAAUCUUUGCAAAAUUCUUUCUUUUGAUAUUUGUCUUAAGAUGGGCAUCUGUUUACUUUGUGGAUUCGCUGUUCUGGCCUCACUGAAUCUCAGUAUUCAGGCGAAAACUUGGGUAUUUGCAGUAAGUGGAAAUAAAAGACCGUGGAAUUUUAUUGACAGCGAUGGGAUAUUAAAAGGCGCGGAUCUUGACCUAGUGCAAGCAGUAUGUGACAUUGCCAAUCAGAAAUGUGCUAUGACCUUAGCCCCUAUCGGCGCAUGUGUAGAAACAAUAGAGGGUCGAUUUUUUCCAGGCGAGGGUUUAAUGGAACGGUGGUUUGAUGCAUGUACUGGAUAUGUAAGUUCAGUGGAGCGUGUCAAUGCGUUACAGUUCACUGAUCCUAUACGGACGACCACCUCCACAUUUUCCGUUCUUAAGGGGAACCCCAGAAAUUUCCAUCCACGGAAUUUACAGAGCGCAGUAAUAGUGCAUCUGAAUGGAGCUUUUACAAAUGAACAGUGUGCUAUUAGGAUCGGGCUCGGGAAACCUAAACAGGUUGUGGUUGCUUCCGGAAUACCAGAAGCCAAAGAACUGUUGAAAAACUAUACUGCAGAUGCGCUGUUUUCCCCGCGGACUCGUUUUGACGACUUGGAGGUUCUCCCAGGGAGGUAUAAAUGUGACGUCAGUGGUGUGGGAAUGAUGGUUAAGAAGGAGAGUGACCUCCCUUUGUGGUGGAAUCCCGCCUUCCAGAAAUAUUAUACGUCUGGAAAAUACAACGACGACUGUGAAAAAAUAACCCAAAGAUACGGCGCGGACGAUUCAGAAACAUGUGUUCCUCGUGAAUUACUGGCGAACUCUGCAGGCCACAAGCCUUCGAUCUACUCCCAGGGCUAUUUCUUAAUACUUUGUCUGAAAGCUCUUAUUAUUUUCUAUCUUGCGUUCUAAGUACCAGUUAGCACAAAUGUAACCUAAUAAUUAGGAGAGAGAGGAUGUUAAAUAUAUGGUAUUUUCGUAAGGUACGAUGGUUACCUUUUGUUUUGCUUUUCUGUUACAUCUAUUUUUGGUAAGGUUUCUUCAUAUGUAGGCAUUUUUAAUUUAUAUAUAUUUAAAGGAUAUCAGAUUAUCCAGACUGAUAGCUUGAUGAAAAUGUAAAAUAAGUAUGUGUUUGUAACAUUAUAUAUUUAUAUAUUAGCUGAUCAAAACCCUAUUAGAAAUAUUGAGGUUGAAAAUAUAUAUAGAAAUAUGUGUAUGCCUGUCAUAUCGUAAUUUUGGAGUGCAUGCUAUAGAAAUUUCUUUAAAAACUUCUUACAAUACAUUUCAAUGAGUUUAAUUUUGCCUUUUUACAAGGAAGUGUGUUUCACAUUUUCUGAAUAAAACAAAAAAAGCUUUG